AUGGGCUGGCUACCGUCAAUAUUCGGAGGGGGUAGCUCCAGUGACCCCCUAAGCAACUUGGACCCCAAGCUGCGCGAGUUCCUCAACAAGGAAUCGCCAGUCAAAUACAACGCCACCAAGGCACAGCAACCCGCAGCGCCGACAACCACCUCCACGACAGCCCCGACGGCGCAGAACAGCGGCAGCGGCGCCCCCGCGACCGGCGACGCAAAGAGCAGCGGCGUGCCCUCAGAAAGCCUGUACCAGGAUGGUCGGUACGCGCACCUGUGGAAGAAUUACCGACCGCUGGCGCAGAUCGAGGAGGAGACCUCGACGGAGCAGGAGAAGCUGGUCAAGAUCCUCGAUGGGUACAAGGAGCGCAAGCAGGCGAUUGGCAUCGCGGCCAUGGAGAACUGCGCCAUCCAGCAGGAGGAGUGGAUCAACUGCAUGAAGAACGGCAGCUGGACCGAUCAACUACAAAUGUGCAGGCACCAAGUCCAUCGGUACGAGCGCUGCUACACCAUGCAAUCGCGAUUCCUACGCGCGCUCGGUUACGGCUCGGUGAUUGACCGCCCCGCGCAGGUCGAGGAGGACAUCCAGAUGCACGCCGACAAGCUGUUCAACCGCAUGCUCGAGCACGAGCGGGCCGUCGCCGCCGCCAAGGAGGCAGGACUUCCCGCACCUAUAUUCGACUCGGUCGUGCCGCGGCCGCCGCCCCGCGCGGCGACGACGGCGACGCCCGCGGAGGAUGUCGAGCGCACGUGGCGCGAGACACUGGCCAAGCUGCCCGCGGGCGACGAGCGCGCGGCCGAGGAGGCGGCGCUGCGCGCCGACUUCCAGGCUAAGGAGGAUGUGGCGCGCAGCGUCAAGGAGAUCAUGGACGCGCGGACGAAGGAGCGCGAGGCGCGACAGGCCGCGGGGCAGGCGACGCUGACGGACACGCUGUCGGGGCUCUGGGGCGGCAGCAAAGGUGGCAAAUAA